AUGACCACCAACCGGGCCAGCGUACGGCGUCUCCAACAAACCCUAUCCCAUGUCCAGCCCAAGCCAGCCCCGCUACAACUAUCCAUAGUCGAGGGCCCAACACAGCCAGAACUGCUGGAAAUCACCCUAGGCGAGCUUUUAACUCUUCAAAGUCUGAAAUACAGCGACUACGAAUGCCUGGUAUUCCCCUGGACCGGAGCCCGAUGGACCUAUUCCGACCUGCACGAUGAGAGCGACCGGGUUGCUCGGGGCUUGCUGGCCAUGGGCAUUCAAAAGGGUGAUCGCAUUGGUAUUAUGGCUGGUAAUUGCGAACAAUAUAUUUCUCUGUUCUUUGGUGCGGCGCGUGUUGGUGCGAUCCUCGUGGUGCUCAACAAUACAUAUACUUCGUCGGAGGUGUACUACGCACUCAGUCAUACCGGGCUAGACUGCAGAUUGCUUUUCAUGACACCCCAGAUCGGCCGCCACGAACUAUUCGAAGUGCUGUCCACGCUCGGCCCGCAUCCCACGCGGAAGGGAUCUUCGAAGGCGCUCGAAGAGAUCAUCAUUCUCCGGGGCCAAUACCAGGACUUUGGUACCUACGGUAACCUUAUCGACCGCGGACAAUCGCUGCCGGUCCACGUUCUGGCUGAGCGCGAGGAUAUUCUUCAACCGGAUGAUGUGUGCAAUUUGCAGUUUACCAGUGGUUCGACUGGUAAUCCCAAGGCUGCUAUGUUGACGCACCACAACCUAGUCAACAACUCGCGCUUCAUCGGCGACCGCAUGGACUUCAGUCCCUUCGACAUCCUCUGCUGCCCACCACCACUCUUCCACUGCUUCGGCCUAGUCCUCGGCAUGCUAGCGGUCGUCACCCACGGCUCGAAGAUCAUUUUCCCCGGAGAGACGUUCGACCCGAAGGCGGUAUUGCACGCGAUUUCCGACGAGAAGUGCACCGCGCUGCACGGCGUGCCGACGAUGUUCGAGGCGAUCCUUAGCGUUCCGAAGCCCCAGAAAUUUGACUGCUCAAAUCUGCGGACGGGGAUCAUCGCUGGGGCUCCCGUGCCACGACCGUUGAUGAAACGUUUGUUUGGGGAGUUGAAUAUGACCGAGUAUACUAGUAGCUAUGGCCUCACAGAAGCAUCACCAACUUGCUUCAACGCUCUCACCACCGACACCAUCGAAACCCGACUCUUGACCGUCGGCAAAGUCAUGCCGCACGCAAAAGCCAAGAUCAUCGACGCCAAAGGCAACAUCGUCCCAGUCGGCCAGCGCGGGGAACUUUGCAUGACCGGCUACCAACUUACAAAGGGAUACUGGAACAACCCCGAAAAAACCAACGAGACACUCACCACCGACGAGAACGGCGUGACCUGGCUCAAGACAGGCGACGAAGCCUUGUUCACACCAGAAGGCUACUGCUCCAUCACCGGCCGCUUCAAAGACAUAAUCAUCCGAGGCGGAGAAAAUAUCUACCCCCUCGAAAUCGAAGAGCGCCUAGCCGCCCACUCAGCCAUCGAAGUAGCCUCCGUGAUCGGCGUCCCACACCAGAAAUACGGCGAAGUCGUUGGCGCCUUCAUCCUAGUAGCAGCGGGACAGCCACGACCAUCGGACGAGGAACUCCGAGCGUGGACCCGCGAGACCCUGGGACGCCAUAAGGCGCCGCAGCAUGUGUUUGUGUUUGGGGAGGAGGGGGUGGACCGGACGAUUCCUGUUACGGGGAGCGGCAAAGUCCGAAAGGUGGAGCUGAGGAAGAUGGCGGGCGGUGUUCUGGAACGGCGUGCUGGACAGGCUUAG